AUGAUAUUUAUUUAAUUGCUUUUGUUAGCUGUGAAUGCCAUAAUGCCAAUUCCUAUUUCAAUCUCAUAAGGUUAUUAAACAGCCAGAAUUUCUAGAAUAUGCGAAGUCAAAUUUUUUUCCACUUAAGAAUUUCCGGACCAUAUCGUAAAAUUAUUGCUUCAUUAUCAUGAAUUAAUAACAUAUGAUGAGGAUUGUGAUUUUGAGGAAUCUAUUCAGAAUACUAAUAUAAAAAUUGAAGGAGCUUUGAAAUUUGAGAUUAGUAUAAAAAACUAAGAGCAAUUAUAUUGGGUUACAAGUACAAAUGAAGAAGCUUAUGAGCUGUAAAUAGAUGAAAACUUAAAUGUGAAGAUAUAAGCAAACAAUCAUUGGGGUUUAGCUAGAGCUCUUGAUACCGUAAAUCAACUGGCAAUAAAUAAUGAAAUUUAGAAUGUAAUCUAAAUAAAUAUGAUAUUAGUUACCUAUAUAUAUAAGUGAUGAACCAUAGUAUGUUCAUAGAGGAAUUAUGAUAGACACAGCUAGAAACUUUUUACCUGUAAAAUUAAUUAAGAGAACAAUAGAUGCUUUGGUAAUUAAUAAAUUAAAUGUAUUGCAUUGGCAUAUUACAGAUGAUGAAAGUUUUCCAUUGCUUUUAAGUAAAUAUAGUUAAAUAACUAAUAAUUCUAAAUUUUGGAAGGAUGGGUUUUUUACAAAACAAGAUGUAUAAGAAAUUAUUGAAUAUGCUUCAAUCAGAGCAGUUCAGAUUAUACCUGAAGUAGACACACCAGCACAUGUUCAUUCUUGGGGUAUAUCUCCAGAUUUAUAAUCAAUUGUCAUAACAUGUGAUACGAAUAUCAAACAAUAUGGAUAAUUAGACCCCACUUUAGAUUAAACAUAUGAAGUCUUAACAUCUAUUCUAUAAGAUAUAGAUGAUAUGUUUCAUAAAGUAUAAUUCAUUCAUUUUGGUGGUGAUGAAGCUAGUAUUUAAUGUUUUGAAUAAAAACCAUCAAUUAAAGAAUUCAUGACAUAAAAUGGAAUUUCAAAUUAUUUUGAUCUUUAAGCAUAUUAUAGAAAAAAAUAAAAAGACAUUUGGAAAAAUUAAAUUAAAUCUCAAAAGAAAAUAAUUUAUUGGUAUAAUAAAAAAGAUUAGCUUCCAGCUGAUUAAGAUGACAUCAUUUAAUGGUGGGGUCUUUCUUCCUAGCUUAAUGAAGUGAAAGGCCGGUCCAAUUAAUUCAUACUAAGUGAUUACCAUCCCUUAUAUUUGGAUACUGGAGUUGGGAAUGCUUUUGGGGAUAGAUAUGAUAAAUAUUAAGGAUGGAAAGAUGUUUAUAAGUGGAACCCAAGUAUUCCACAUAAUUUUUAAGGAACUAUAUUGGGGGGUGAAAGUCUUCUUUGGGGUGAAACUAAUAACUAAAAUACUCACUUCUAAAAAUUAUUUUUAAGAUCUUCAAUUUUAGCUGACACGUAAAUAAAAUUUGUAUAAUAGUUUAUGGAACCCAGACUAAAAGCAAGAUGAAUUAUUUCCAAAAUUCGCAAAGAGAUUAAGUGACAUGGAGGAUAGAAUGAACAAAUAUGAUUUCCCUGUCUCUCCAUUUACUCAUAGUUAUUGUAAAAGACAACUAGAUUUAUGUUUUCCAGAGUCUUAUUCAACAAAAUUAAAAUUGUUCUUCAUGUUUGUUAUAGUUUAUUUAAUAUGA